CAGUUUGCGGAGAGGCAUGGCGGCGGGAGACCGGCGUAUGUCCGAAGUCCGGCCAGCGGUUAUCAACCCGGACAUUGCAGUCGAGAGAACGGCUCCGUCCUUCCAGGUGGAGAAGUUAGUGAGUCUGUUAGAUGGCGGCGCCGAACGCACUCGCAUCCGGAGAACGGUCGAGCAUGUCAUUAUCGCUGAUGCUGUAUUUAGUCAAGAAAAUCAGUAUUUCUUGACACAGCCUGAGCAGUAUGAGUUAGCUGUGAAAAAAGCUGUGCACCUGAGGCAGAAAAUGGAGGAUCUGGGAUGGACUGAUGAUGGACCUGAGAUGUGGUUUGCUUUUAGAAUCUUGGGAGGAAAUUUGGCUUUUGCAGUCCACAGUGGAGUGUUUAUACCAACCAUCACGGAACUGGGAACAGAUGCACAGAUUGCCAAGUGGGUUCCCUUGGCUAGGGAUUAUCAAAUUAUCGGAACCUAUGCUCAAACCGAACUUGGCCAUGGUAGCUAUCUUCAAGGACUAGAGACAACUGCAUCCUUUGAUCCUUCCAAUCAGGAUUUCAUCCUCAACUCACCAAAACCAUCAUCAAUAAAGUGGUGGCCUGGUGACUUGGGUAGUUCGGCAAAUCAUGCUGUAGUUCUCGCACAGCUGUACACCCAGGGGAAGUGCCAUGGGAUGCACGCUUUCAUUGUUCAGAUUCGCAGUCUGCUGGACCAUUCGGCUUUGCCAGGUGUCAAGAUUGGAGAUAUUGGCCCAAAGAUGGGCCUUGAACAUGUUGACAAUGGAUAUUUAAUGUUGCAAAACAUUCGCAUUCCCAAGGAUAAUAUGCUGAACAGAUAUAGUGAGAUUACUUCAGACGGUCGCUAUAUUAAAAAAGGAUCUGACAGAAUCAAUUACAUUGCUAUGGUAUUUACUCGAGUGAAGAUAAUAACUGAAGAAAUGGUGACUGCUCUUUCCAAAGCCUGUGUUAUUGCUAUUCGAUAUUCUGUGGUGAGACGCCAAUCAAAGUUAAAGCCUGGGGAAAUGGAAGCAAAAAUUCUAGAUUAUCAGACCCAGCAACAGAAGCUUCUUCCUCAGCUGGCAACAGCAUUUGCCUUUCAUUUCAUGGCCUCAUCAUUGGAUACCUUCUGCAACCAAGUGAAAGUACAGAUCAAAAGCAAGGGAGAUGCCUCAUCAUUGCCUGAGCUCCAUGCCUUGUCGGCAGGCCUAAAAGCUUUGAUAUCAGAUGCCUGCAGUGCUGGAGUCGAAGCGUGUCGCAGAGCUUGUGGCGGCCAUGGUUAUUCAAAACUGAGUGGCUUACCCUCUCUUUACAGUCGGGUGGUCGCCUCCUGUACCUAUGAAGGGGAAAACACUGUAUUGCAAUUGCAGACUGCACGGUUUCUAAUCAAGUGCCUUAACAAAAUAGAAUGUGGUGAGCCUUUGCCCCAGUCUGUCUCUUACCUAUAUGAACCGAUCACCCAUGAUUGUUCUGCAAAGGAAAAAAGCGAUUUCCUCAAGCCAUUCCUUUAUAUCGAGACGUACAAGCACAGGGCACACAGAUUGAUAAAGGAUGCAGGGAUCAAGUUGCAGUCUCUCCUUCAGUCUGGGGUUGAGCAACACGUUGCCUGGAAUAGCACUUCUGUACAGCUUGCAAGGGCUGCUGUUGCUCACUGUCAUUACAUUGUUGUGAAGAACUUUGUUGAGACACUGGAUGGAUUAAAGUUUGAGCCUGAAAUCCAGCAAGUGAUCAAAAUGUUGUGUGAUCUUUACGCAUUGACUGGCAUACUGGACAAUGCUGGGGAUUUCCUACAUGACGGCUACCUGACUGGAAAGCAGUUAGACUUGAUGACUGCCUGUCAACUGCAUCUUCUAUCCCUUGUCCGGAAGGAGGCUGUCUCGAUAGCUGAUGCAUUUGAUUAUCCUGACGAACAGCUGAAUUCUGCGAUUGGUACUUAUGACGGCCUUGCUUACCAACGCCUUUUCGAAUGGGCUCAGAAAGCCCCCACAAAUGCAAAGGUAAACCCUGCAUAUGAGAAAUAUCUGAAGCCUCGCUUUCGAUUAGCACAGUCCAAGCUAUAACUUUUUGGCUUUUUAAUUGUUUUAAUGGUCAAGACGAUGUUAACUGCAUGGAACGUAAAUUUCAGGAGUGAUUACAAGUGGCCACCGUGGCUCUUGACAGGCAGAUUCAUUCACAAAUAUAAUGCAAACAUCAGUAGUUGAACUAAGGUUCAAUUUGAUUUCUAAUGAAUAUUCUACUCAAAUGUCUAAUCUAUUAUACCAAUAAUUUCAGAAGGUUCAGAAUUUGAAUGCAUUCUCUUUGCUUCUACUUGCAACCAUUAAACAUUUUCCGUAUCCGUCAGCCUGAUCAGAUUUCGUUUAAUGUACUACAUGUUAACU